AUGAGUCGUUUUUUUGCUAAAUACAGAGAAAUACGACGGGUGUGUUUUUCUACUUCAACUAUCAGAAAGCCAUCCGUUUUAUUGGUGAAUCAUGGUUAUCCACCAUUAUUCAACGCAGGUUCGGAGGUUUACACGCAAACACUGGCUGUACGAUUGAACCGAUCGGGAAAAACAUCUAGUGUAUCUGUUAUAUCUCGUGAACAAGAUCCGUUUCGAGCGGAUUUUCUCGUCAGACAGAGUCAGGACGAACAUGAUCCAACUAUACCCGUCUAUUAUAUUAAUCAUGCACGAGAAGCAGCCUAUCAACGUUUCGUCAAUACAGAUAUUGACCAUUGUUUCGAAGAUAUCUGUAAACAAAUAAAUUCCAAACCAGAUAUUGUUCAUUUUGGCCAUUUAAAUCAUUUAUCAUUAACAUUACCACAACGUGCACGAGACAUAGUAGGAGCAAAAAUCCUAUAUACACUACAUGAUUACUGGCUUAUGUGUCCACGUGGACAGUUCUUAAUCAAUGGCGUUGCUUCAACGUUCAAUAACAGGCAACCUUAUGAAUUAUGUAAAGAACAAAAGGAUGAGAAGUGUGCUACGAAUUGUUUCACAUCACGUUUCUCAACAGGCACAACAAAAAAUAAAGAUCGUGAAACAGAAUAUUGGACAUGGUGGAUCAAUGAGCGAAUGCGCGCAGUGCGAGAAGCUUGUGAUGCAAUCGAUAUGUUCAUCGCUCCUUCAAAACAUUUACAGAAGCGAUUUAUUGAAGAAUUCGGAUUGCCAUCUGAAAAAGUGAAAUUUUUACCAUAUGGUUUUGACCACUCGAUACUAACUCAUCGCCGACGUAUCCGCCAAUCCGAUGAACCCAUUGUUCUUGGAUAUAUCGGACGCCAUUCACCAUCGAAAGGUAUUAAUUUAUUGCUGGAAGCAGCACAGCAAAUUGUUCAGUCUCAACCAAAACUUGCUGGUCGAUUCUCUCUUGCUAUCUAUGGUCGACCGGACCCAGCUACUACUGGCAAUCUUCAAACUAUGGCUAAAGCUGCAGGAAUCGCUGUUGAUUGGCGGCCUGAAUAUAAAAAUUCUGAGAUUGUCGAUCGUGUUUUUAAUCAUGUCGAUUGUAUCGUUGUUCCAUCUAUAUGGGAAGAAAAUUCGCCUUUAGUUAUUCAUGAAGCACAGCAAUGCCACGUACCUGUAAUUACUGCAAAUAUAGGUGGAAUGAGUGAAUUAGUCAACGAUGGAGUGAACGGAUUGACCUUCUCACAUCGCGAUGCUUCAUCACUGGCUACUGCUAUCCUUCGAAUUCUUCAACAACCAAAUAUUCUCGAUAAGUUAGGUCAACAUGGAUACUUGUAUUCUAAAUAUGGGCAGGUACCAUCGAUCGAAACACAUGUUGAUGAAUUAAUUAAGAUCUAUUCAACAUUGACAAAUAAUCAGCCUAAACCGAUCAAACAAUUACCUGCUCCACGUCGAAUAACAUUUGAUACAAAUCCGGAUGAUUGCAAUUUUAGUUGUAUCAUGUGUGAACAGCAUUCAGAACAUUCACCACAUCAAAAAGCGCGUAUAGCAGCCAAGAUUCGUCGUCGUAGAAUGGACUUCGAUAUCAUCAAAGAAGUUGUUGCUGAGACAGCAUCGCUUGGUUUACAAGAAAUUAUUCCAUCAACAAUGGGCGAGCCAUUGAUGUAUCGUGAUGUUAAAGGUCGUACAUUCGAGGAUAUUAUCAAGCUGUGCCGAGAUUAUAACAUAAAACUGAAUCUUACAACGAACGGAUCGUUUCAUUCUCCUCAAGGUCAUUCUGUUUCGGAAUGGGCUCAUCUACUCGUACCAGUUUUGAGUGACGUGAAAUUUUCCUGGAAUGGAGUUACGAAAAAAACUCAAGAACUAGUCAUGAAGCAUUCAAAAUACGAUAGACAAUUGGACAAUAUCAAAAAAUUUAUUCAGAUACGUGAUCAAUUAGCAGAACAAAGGGGAAAUCGAGCAACAGUUACACUGCAAUUAACUUUCAUGGAAAUCAACUUGCCUGAAAUUCCCGAGAUUGUUAAACUUGGAAUCUCACUGGGCGUUGAUCGUAUCAAAGGUCAUCAUUUAUGGGCACAUUUUCAACAGAUCAAAGAUCAGAAUCUACGUCGAUCAAGUGAUGCUAUUCGCAGAUGGAAUCAGUGUGUAGUUGAGUGUCAAAACAUUGCUCGUCAACAACUACUGCCGAUAGGAAAACAAAUUAAACUUGAAAAUUUCUUCGAAUUGGACGAAAAUAGCGGCUCAGCAACAAUUCAUCCUCAGAGUGUUUGCCCAUUUUUAGGUAAAGAAGCGUGGAUUAAUCAUAGUGGUCGAUUCGAUCCUUGCUGUGCUCCCGACCAAGAGCGAUUAUCUUUGGGCUCAUUUGGUAAUGUUCAAAAACCAAAUGAAGACAUCAUGAAAAUAUGGAAUGGGGAUGCAUACAAAGCGUUAAUCAAGAAUUAUACUGACUAUUCUCUUUGUCGAAAUUGUAAUAUGAGAAAGCCACCUACUAAUCCAUAA